ACGUAUUUUGCAACACUGGGUAAACGUUUAGCAAACGCGGUCACUCUCUCUCUCUUCACCGCUGCCGCAUUGUAUUUUGGCUUGGAUUGUCUUUCUUGGACUUAAUAAAAAUUUGCACAAAAUGUCGAAAGCACAUCCACCAGAGCUGAAAAAGUACAUGGACAAGCGUAUGAUGCUCAAAUUGAAUGGCGGCCGCGCAGUCACCGGCAUUUUGCGCGGAUUCGAUCCCUUCAUGAACGUAGUGCUCGACGACACCGUGGAGGAGUGCAAGGAUAAUACCAAGAACAGCAUUGGCAUGGUCGUGAUACGCGGCAACAGCAUCGUCAUGGUCGAGGCCCUGGACAGAGUUUGACAGCAGCCUGCAUUCCCAAGUGCAGCUGCUUCUCCUCCUCCCCCUUCGAUGGCCCAUAUUUCAUUGGCCAGUAGUUUAAAUGUAAACUAUUUAAAAUACUACAAACUAGUCCUAAGUCUAUAACAACAAAAACAUUCGUAAACCACUCUAGAUGUUUACUAUUAAAUAAAUCCGAUUAGAACAGAA